AUGGGUGGAUCAUCUAGCACUAUUCGAACACUAGAAAUUGAGAAUCCAAAUGUGAUCACUUUGUCAGACAAGGUUGUUGAGAGACUCCGAGGUCAAGAGCAAAUAGCACCAGUUGACCAGGGCUCACACAUUUUACAGACGUAUGUGCAACCUUCGUCUCUGCAAAUACAGAAGGUUGUUCAGCAAGAGCUAGAAGCCAAUGACAAGAGGUGGGAGCAGCGUUUUCACCAUGUCAACAACAGUCAGAAAGCUCUGAACCGCAACGUCGAAAUAGAAUACAAAAACACAUAUGAAAACGUCAAGAAAUUGUUACCUAUAAUUAAAGACGGAGUACUGAGUGAAACUACAAUAGAAAAAGAAAACGUUCUAUUGGAUUGUCUGGCAAAUAACAAGGGAACCCCGUUGAAUUGUACUGAUGCUGUCAAAGAUUAUCAAAAGGUGUUAUUUCAAUCUACAAAUCAAAAGGUUUGA